GUGUUGGCGCUUCCACUGUGCUGGAGGUUUCAGACGCGGUUGCUCGCUGCUGGGCGAAAAGCUGUUUUUGGACUUCUUAAUGUGUAUUUUGACUUUCUUUUUUCCGUCCCCGCUCUAACUUCGCAGGUUUCACUCUGAAACUAAAGUUUCAUUAAAACAGAUCUUCAUCCGGGUCGGAGCAGACUCAAAGGCUUACCUUUGUCUCAGGCUUGCAGUUUAGUGGGGACCUUUUUCAGAUGGAGGAGCUCAGUGAGGACUGCAGCCUGAACGAUGAUAUGGUGGAUGGGGACCUGGGUGAUGGGAUAGGAGUCACAACAGCACUCAGCUCCACUAGGAUGAAGAGUGAAAGAGUGAGCGGUCGCUCAGAGAGUCGGCUGCUCAGAACAGACCCGCUGCAGUGCAGCAGUCGAGCAGGAGAGGCCGUCUGGAUACCUACAAUAAAAACUGCAGAGACACAGCAGAGAGCCCAGCGGGAGCUUUCACACUUUGGCUCACUCGUUGACCUGUCUAAAGGUGAACUCAAGGAAAGACUACAGGAAGCAACUAAGAUGAUAGAUGCACUAUGCUGUGAGCUUGAUGUAGCACACCGUUACUUUGAAGGAAAAUAUGAAGCUCUGAAGAUUCUGCAAGGCAAGGCCAUUCUUGACAAAGCUACAAGUCACACUAAAAGUGUGCUGCAGAAAACUGAGGAGAAAGCCAAAGCACUCGAGAAGGAGGUGAACAGUUUGCAGUGGGAGCUCAGCUUCUCUCAGGCUCAGAUGAAGAAAUCUGAGCAGUCCUGGGAGCACAAGUACAACCGAAUGUCAAGUGAGAACAAGAUUCUGACUGACAAGUUGCAGGAAAUGGAGAGUGAGAGCCAGCAGCUCCGAGCAGAAAACUCUGCCUUGAAGCGACAGUACUUGGAACUUCUCUCCAUGCUGAAUGUGAAGGAGCAGAGAAUUUACCAAGCCACCAAACCUCAGUACAGCCUAGACACCGAGUCAGGUGUUCUCGAGUUGACUGUACUGGGAGCCUGCCAGUGUGUGUUUGAUACUGAACCGUGUCCAUGUAGUCGGACUGCUGCUGCCAGCAGGAAGCAGUUGGUCCAGUUACAACAGGAGCUGGAUGCUCAGCGUUUAAGGAAAGAAGAGGCCUUGAUGGUUGCAGACGCUUUUCGCAUCGCCUUUGAACAACAGCUGAGGAAGCGAAGUGAGGAGUUCCUGCUUGUAGCCGAGGCCAAUAUUAAGAAAUCCAAUCACUCUAAAGCUGAAGGUGCCAACAAGAGUUCUUUAAUAAGUGUAAGUAAGAGGCUGAAGGCAUUGCUUCCCUCUGGUCUGGAGAUGAAAAUGCCUGAUGAACAUUUAGAGACUCUCUACAAGCUGCUGGACUUGCUGAACGACAAGGAGGAGGCCCUGGCCCACCAGAGGAAGGUGAGCAUCAUGCUAGCCCACAGCGCUGAGGAGCUCCAGAGACAGUUGCAUCUGGGUUCCAGCUGCCAGCUGCAGGACCCACCAGAACCCAGGAUUCAACAGAGGCAACCCCAAGGUCCACUGGGGAACCAGAGCCAGUCUCGGAAAACAUCUGAGACAUCAGAACCUGAGGUUCAAGUGCCAUGAGAGUGCAAACUCCAGAGUCCACCACAUCUCUCCGAGUCCAGGACAGAAUCAGAGGGUGUGUGAGGCUCAUCAAAGACUAGCAGUAAGAUACUGGCUAAUUACCAGAGCUUCAGCCGUCCUGAUCUCCCCACAUGAGGAAAUACACUGAGGGUUCUGUCUGAGCACUCGAGCUUUAUUCUGAAGUCCAAAACUGUGACUGUGAGGUUUAUUUGUGAUUCUAAAUUGUGACCUGUCCAGAAUAUACCCCAGUCCUCUAAUGGCUGGAGUUGCAUUAUAUGUUGUAUUGCAUGUUUAUCCAAUAUUAUAAUUUUAUCUUAGUCUGUAAAAUCAAUUGCUUAUGCAACACAUAACACAACAUCAGCUCUUUGCAAGCAUUUGAAACCAAGGCUAGCGACGGCCCAGAGCGACGUUAAUGUCUCCUAAGCAAAGCUAUGCCAUCCCAGGCAGGCAGGCAGUCUGAUUAUGCAGUCAGCCUCAUAGAGCUAUGGACUAAGAUAGACAAAAGUACUGGGCUACCUCGUUGCCUUUGAAUUCAGGUAUUCCAUUCCAGAUCUUAGCCACGCCCUCUGCCUUUAUAUUUCAUUCUAGAGUCUUUCUCACUGAAUUUGAGGAUGAUGGUAAAUGGCCUGUAUUUGUAUAGCGCUUUACUAGUUCCUAAGGACCCCAAAGCGCUUUACACAUCCAGUCAUCCACCCAUUCACACACUGGUGAUGGCAGCUACAUUGUAGCCGCCCU